AUCACACUCCCUCUCCUCUCCCUCCUCUCACACACACACAUACUCCCUCAUUCCAUCUGCUUCUCGAGCAUGAGCUGGCUGCCUUCUCUGCCUCGCCGUGCGUCUUUGAGCAGUUCUGACAUAUGCACUUGCCCUCUGCCUCCCCGACGCUUUCUUUUUCGCCGUCUUUCCUCCAGCACCGUAGCUCAGCGGAGAGCCGGACUCUCUCUCGGUUUUGUCCCACUCCUCCCAGGACAGGAAAAGGACCAGUAGCAGGGAGCAAGCGGCGAAGACCGCGGCCACAAAAACAGGAAAAAGGAAGUGGGCAGUGACCUGCGCCAAAAAAGGGGACUGAGGUCGGACAGCUGUGGCUCAACAGUUGUGGAUGCUGGAUGAGAAAAACCACAUCAGAGGCAGCUGGAGGAGAAGAAAAGAGCAAGGGAGACGGAAAACCUGUUGGAUUCACACCUGAGGAAACAGAACUAAAAUCCUGAGGAGGAAAAGGAGGCAAUAAGGACAUAGACUCCACACUUGGAGUGACUGGGACUACUUGUUUUACUUCUCAGGGUAAAACAAAAAAAAAGACUUUUAAAGGGUAAACCAAUGAUCUUUAUAAAUCAAAUUCUUAAAUAUAUUGGAUUCUGACUCUUGGAGUGUCUUUACUCGUCUUUGGAACUACAUCUUUGGGAUACACUCUCGUUCAAGAGGCAUCACAAGACUGGCCAAAAUUCCCAAAAAUAGGCUUAUUCAAAAGCUUCGGAGGAAAGAGUUUAUUCAGGAAAAAUCAGUUAUCCCUGUAAUUGAUCAAACAAGAGUAGCAGGACUCAGGAACUGUUGAAUUGCCUGGAGUUCAGGCUGAAUUUCAGUUUCAGCAAACAAGGACACGGUCUCUUAGGGGAUUUAACCGUCACCGAGACAAGGGUUGAAUCAGAUGAUGGCGUGGCUCCAACCGUGGACAGCGGGACUUGUAGUCACUUUGGCCUUCCUCUCCUUUGUGGUCAUUGCACAAGGGUCCGGCCCUUCUGGGGUGGUAGUGGUACCACAAAGAAAAGUCUCGCCGGACGUUGUGAAGAAAGAGUCCCACCCGGUGCUGGUCAGAAAGAAGAGAGAAUGGUUGUGGAACUCUCUUUAUGUACAAGAAGAGAAACCUGCACCCAUCCCCUAUAAGAUUGGAGAGCUAAGGUCAAGCCUGAAUUCGGGUGUGAAGAAAUUCACGAUUGAAGGCGAAGGAGCGAACGACAUCUUCACCGUGUUGGAAAACGGAAACCUGUAUGUCACCACCUCUCUGGACAGAGAGAAGAAAGCCUCGUAUAAUUUGACGGCUAGGAUGUACGACGGAAACAACAAGUUGAUUGAGGACGCAGGAGACUUUGUUGUCCAAGUGACGGACAUCAAUGACAACUGCCCAGUAUUCCCCAGGCAGUACAAUGGAUCCAUCACGGAGAGAACGAAAUCUGUUGUGGCUAGCGUAAAGGCGUUUGACGCAGAUGACCCAAACACUCACAACGGAGAUCUCAGGUACUCCCUGAAAAGAGAGGACGAGACUUCUGCUCUCUUUGAAAUCCACCCGGUAACAGGUGUGAUCACCUCCAAGACAAACACCCUGGACCGGGAAACAAAGAGCCAGUAUAUGGUUGUGGUUAUUGCUAAGGACAUGCAAGGAAUGGCCACAGGCUGCUCUGCCUCCACCUUGGUCCCCAUCACCAUCACCGAUGCCAAUGACAACUUAGCCUCUUUUACCAGAAGAGAAUAUGAAAUAAGUGUUCCAGAAAACCUUAAUGUUAAUGAGAAGAUUGGCACGCUGGAGGUGGCGGAUAGAGACGAGAUGAAGAACAAGCAACCCUGGUUUUCUAUUGCAAGCGAGGGUGGCAAAGUGUUCAGCGUUAAACCUGGACCGCACAAGAACUGCAUCCUGAUGCUCAAACAGGCUUUAGACUAUGAGACACAGAACAGCCACACUUUUACUGUCAAGGUGGAAGAAGAUCUGCAGUUUUCUCCCGCAGACAACUUUAAAACUGCAAGCACAACAGCACAGGUCAAAAUCAGGGUGAUAGAUGUUGACGAGCCACCGGUUUUCACCCAAACCACCUAUAACUUCAGCGUGUACGAGGAGCGGGUCGAGACGAGACCAUUCGGAGCGAUCCAAGCCAGAGACCCCGACAGAGCCAAGAAGCGCAUAGAGUACUCCAUCUUAGACGCGGGCUUACCCUUCGGCAUCGACCCGUUCACGGGUCAGUUGUCCGUCCUCAGGAAGCUGGACAGAGAGGUGCAGGAAAGACACGAGUUUCAAGUCAAGGCGCAGGAGGAGAACGACGGUUUGGUGUCAUUUGUGAACGUUAACAUAAAUGUUCUGGACAUCAAUGACAACCCACCUGAACUGAUCGCCCAUGACAUCUUCGUGUGUGAGAACGACGUCAAAGGCACGGUAAUUGGCAUCUUGGAAGCCUCGGACAAAGACGAUCGCCCAGCGACCUUCACUUUCAGCCUUGCCGUCCAAAGCUUCAACUUCUCCGUCAAAGACCACGGCAACAACACAGCAGCUUUAAUAGUGGAACAGGGCCCCUUCAACCUGGAGGACUCCAGUGACUACAGUGUGGAAGUGCGCAUCAGUGAUGGAGAUCAGCCUCCCUUGCACAGCGUCACCAAACUGCAAAUUAAGUCAUGCCAGUGUGAUGCAAAGCGAGUUUUUUCAAAGUGUAAAGCCAGUAAACUAAGGAUGGGAGUCAGUGUCCAUGCCCUCAUAGCCAUACUGCUUUGCAUACUGACCAUACUGGUAAUAGUGAUCCUCUUUGUGAUGAGAAAAAACUACCAGAAGGAUUCACUCGCCAGUAUGAAGAACAGCGGAGAGAUUCAUGAGCAGCUGGUCACAUAUGAUGAGGAAGGAGGAGGAGAGAUGGACACAAACGGCUACGACGUCUCAAUCCUCACCUCGGCGUGCAACGACGGCUCCCUCCUCCGCCAUCCUGACCGCCUCUCACACCCUUCCAUGUACGCUAUGGUCCAGAAACCGCCCCACCACUCUCAACCCGCCGCGUGCAAGGGCGACAUGGCGGCAAUGAUCGAGAUGAAGAAAGACGAAGCCGAUCACGACCGAGACGGAUUCCCUUACGACACCCUCCACAUCUACGGCUACGAGGGACCUGAAUCUUUAGCCGGGAGCCUCAGCUCUCUGGAUAGUUCCUCUUCCGGCUCAAACCUGGAUUACGACUUCCUCAAUGACUGGGGCCCGAGGUUCAAGGCCCUGGCCGAGCUGUACGGGGUGGAUGACACCGACUACUACCAUCAGUACUGAGAGCAAACGUGGGAUUCCCCAAUGUGCGCCUCAAGAGUGUACAUCUUGUGCAUUGGUGGUUGAAGAGAGCCAUAAAAAUACAACAACAACAAAAACAUGCUGGAAACAUGCAUAUUUAACAUACAGUUGACAGAUAGCCCAAGUGUCCCCCAGAGACUCCGCAAAACACAAUCAGGGGACUCCUUUUUUUUUUUUUUUUUUUAAGAAAUUUACCUUUAGUUAUCAUGUGUAUAUCAGUGGGUCCGUUUGUGUUUGUGUCUCUUAUCUAGUUACUCACGAGACAAGGGUCAUCAAAAGUCAGGAGGUUCCCCACAAGCUGAAUGAAAGUGUAAACCUAGCAGAUGGGACUCUGGAGGAUGUAGCGGAUCAGAAGCAGGAGAACUUAUCAAGACGCUCUUGAUGUUUUGAUGCAGAGUUGAGCCAAGGCGUACAGAUGCCUGCUACAUUUAAAAGUAGAUCUAAAGGAUGUUUUUGUAUCGGGCAUCUUUGCCAUCCUACUCUGAUGCUAGCUGGUUGAUCAGUCAGGAAAUCUGCUCCUUAAAGGGAUAGUUCAGAAUUUUUGUGAUGAGGUUCUGGUAAAAAAGUAUUUUACCUUCAUUAAUCACGUCUCUUGGCAUCCUUAUUGAAUAUAAAUCCCCAUUAGUUGGUGCUGGUGGAUAAAGCUAAUGGCAUUAAUGGUUUUGACUCAAGUAUUGAAAAAUGUGAAAUUCGCUAACGCAGAGCUAUUGUAUGAACCUUUAAACAAUCAACACAUUUGUAUUAAAGUCAAUAUGCAAAAAUACAAAUUGAUAUUCCUCAGUGAAACUCACCUUGAAAAUGGAACUUGUAAAGCAUCACUGUCCAGAGUAAAUAUCUGAUGAAAGGGAGUCAGUGCAAAAGGCAAAAAUAUUACAGUGAUGGAUGUUAUCACAGUUGUGUUGAUGUUUACGCUGCUUCACAGGUUCGGGUGACCAGCCUGCAGUCAGAUGCUUGUCACGUUUAGCUCAGCGAUUGUAAUUUUAAAACAAUGUAACCUUGAUGAGAGCGGUGGGUGGCAGCCGUACUCCAUGCUCCAAAGAGAGAACUCCAAUCGAUAUGACACUUACGCUGGCAUCUCACUAAAGGGAGAUAGAAAUGAUAUGAUUGAACAUUUUGGUGGCUUUAAAACUUUCACUUUUUUAAAUCUUGGUAUAUUGAUGCCAGAAACAAGGCCCUGCUUACUCAGAACUGGUAUUGGUUAAUUGAUUAUUAGGAUGUCGGUUACGGCCAGAAGUAUUUGUGAAUUAGCCAUAUGUUACUUGUUUUUUUAGGCCCCUAUUUUGGAUGCAUUCAUUUCAUGCAGGAAAUGAUGCUGAUAAACUUCUCUUUUCUUGACUUAUUUUACAAACUGUUUAACAGGUUCUCUAAAUGUUGACUCAUUUAUUGACUCGUAGACUUCACGUCCUUUAAUAUCAAGGUUGCAACAAUCUAAGCUUUCCCACAUCUCUAAAAUGGACUCGUUAUCUAAUAGAGGAAAUGUAAUUGGUUUCAGUUCUUCUUGGGAUGCAAAACACUCUUUGUGAAAGGCAACUCAUUUCUGAAGUUUGUUAUUUCCUUCACAUGAGCUUGAGCUGUAAGGGUUUGGUGGUGCUUGAUCACAGCGGGACACCGCAUGGAUUUCUCCUUUUCUGAAACAUUAUUAACAACUGUCUUUGGGGAAAGUUCAGCUCUGAGCUCCCACUGUGAUGUUCACUGGGUGUUUCAGCGCUAUGCAUGUCUCCAUGUUGCAAAUAGUCGUUUUUCUUCUUUUUUCUCCCACCGUCAGCUCUCUGAGCGGCAGCCAUCACGUUUAACCGUUCGGACUGCAUUUCAAUUUCUACAUAUCUAGCACAAAGUUUUGCUUUUACAGGUUUGAACUUUAAAAGAAACCAUUUUAGUCGAGUAGCCAGCCGUAAACUGAGGGCGACCAAGGUGCCGUAUACCGUGUGAGUCGUUAUUUUCAUUUGCCCAGAUUGAGUCUGCUCUGAGAGAGAGAGAGAGAGAAAAAAGAUGGAAGAAAGAAAGAAAGGAAAUGUCUCUAAGCCUGCUCUGACAGAAUUACAGCUUGCUCCCAGCUUUUAUUUGACAGAACUCAUCGUCGCAGUUAUUGUUGUGAUGAAAGCUGAAUCCUUAGAGGCAGAGUCAAACAAAAGGGACUCACUCAGAUCAGGAAGCACGGGGUGGCAGAUGCAGCUUGUUGGGCCGCAGUGAUGUUUCUGAUGUGGCUUCGAUGACUUUAACCUCUCAUCCUCUUUGGCUUCUGUCAGGUCACAACGCCUCUGCCCAAAAUCCAACGCUUUUUUGGAGGGGGGCUGAUUUCUGAUCUGAUUGAGAUUGCUCUUUAGGAAGAGCAUUCAAAAUGUUUUUUUUUUGUUGACUUUCUGCAAAGAGAGUCAAUAACUAUUUGCAUGGUGAAACAUGGUUUUUUGUCAAACCACGCGGGUGAGCAAGUGGUCGCUUUAAAACAGGGUUUUAAUAUUUAAUAUAAAACAAAAUCAGUACAGAUUUAACAACCUUUUCUAUUAGCAUACUUAGUGCAUUUACCUUCACAAAAGCAGCUGUCUGCGUUUGUAUUCCCCUGAGAACGUCGAUCCGUAGCUUCUACUUAGAGAUCUCACAGAAGUUGCCAACAUUUCAAAAUGCAGCUUGUUUCACUACAGAUAGAGGCUGUAAGCUCAAAAAGUUAAAAGAGAACAACUUUGCUGUGCUCUGUUCACCCCCCCUGUUAUCUGCUGAAAGGCUCUCUUUUGCUCCCUCAAAGGUUUGUUAAAGUGCAGACACGCCUCAUUACGUCCUAAAUUGUCCCGACUUGUUGUAGAAAAUAUAGUUUUUUGUUUGAGUAGCUUCUUGUAGCCCUGUUACACUUUUAUUUCAUUUUAAACUCUACUUUCAGCCUUCUUAGCCCAAUAAGAACAUCCUAAUCAAGGAAUGCUGAUAGCAGUGUGACCUGGUAGCGCCCUUACGUUUGUUAUGAGGAAAAAAAAAAAAAGGAUCCGUUUUUUUGACUUCCUGACUGGUCAGUCAAAGGUCAGGGCCAAUUGUGCUGAAACCCGUCCAGUUCUUGUCUCCAACCAAUUUCUCUGUGCAACUUUUUGAGUUUUUUUUAGAUAAUUACUCAGUAUCAUUAUGGAACAUUAAGGAGGUCUACUGUGUGUAGGGUUUUAGAUAUUUUUAAGGGUUUCUGAUUGUCUUUUCUACAUGUUUCAGUGUGUUGUGAAUUAUGUUGUUUUACUUCUCGUCUUCAUUUUAACAAGCAACCAUCCUGGAAGACUGGCAGCUGGAAGCUCUUUGCUCUGUAGUUGCUACUUAUAUUUUCACACCCUGCAGAUACAUUUGAAAAGAAGUAUCACUCAAACUUCAGUCAUUUUACCGAAAAACACCAACAGGCUUCCGUAUCAUUCGCACACAACGCCUGACAGAUAAUCAGCAGAAAUGAAGACCAAAGCAGCUCCUCCUGUGCACUUUCCAGGAACAGCUUUAAAUGCACAAACCUCCCGUUUGAAGUAAAAUCAGACGUAAAUAGGCUCCUUUGAUAAAUUGAGCUGUGGAAUUGUAGAACCUUUGUUCAAAAGUCACAAAAACUAAAAAUGUUUGUUUGAUUCUUGUUUUAUAGUGACAGACAAAUCAAAAACCUGACUGAUGGAAGCCUGUUUGCUCGUCACAUUGAUUACGUUUACAUGUUUUAAUGUAGCAACAAAUCCCAUAAAAUGUCUCUUCUGUUGGGUGUAAUCGAAUGUUCGCUGCAGAUGUUGGUUCAUGGGCAACUCUUCAAGUAAUCAGGGGUAACUGCUCCCCAUGGACCUCCCGACCUUUAACCCCGGCCUGCAGAGCACCUGGCUCAGAGCAACCUAUUACUCAUUACCAUUUAAAUAAUAACUGCAGGCCUUUUGACUUGCCGGGUAAUGGCACGGUCAUAAAUUAUGGCCUCCGCAGUUAAAAACUCAUUCAUAACCAGCGAUAAAGGGAAAAGGUCACUAAUUGUGUGUAAUGACGACAUCAGUGGUGCCCACACUGAGGUGUUGUGCUGAAAACUCGCUUUGUGCGUCACUAUGACAGCUCCUUUGUUUUGAAAUGUAUUUUCUCUCCAGUUUUAGUUUAACUCGCUAUGGUUUAUUUACUCGGCUGUUUAUUCUGUUUUGCUGGGACUCGAGUGUGUUUCCUUAUAAGCCGGGCCUGCUUGGAAUGUCGCAGGAUAAAUGGUGGAAACAAUAGCUGGAAGCCCUCUCGGUGCCUACUUGACUUUAUAUUUAUAUACAAUCAGAGUAGCCGGUUCCUCCUCCUAACUCUCGGUCCUGCUGUCCUUGUCCACCUCGCCGUACGUCCUGCCCGCAGCCCGCUGCCUCUCUCUCUUUGUCCUUUAAUCAGCUAAAGCAAACAGCAGACGCGCUUCCUGUCCAUCUGGGGUUGUGCCCCGCCCCUUCCUGUCCAUGUUAUCUCUCUCGUGAGCCAACACAUUGUGCUAGCUUCCUUUAGAGGAGCCUGGGAAGCGGUCUUGAAGGGGAAGAGGGGACGAUGCGGGGAGAAACACGGGAUGAGGGCUGAGUGGCGUGGGGGGGGGGGUUUAACAUGGGAUAAGGAGGAAAGGAACAAAGUAGAGGAGUGAGGAGUCCCUCUGCUGAGCAGAAACACUUCAGAACAAAGAUGUGUGAUGAAAUAUUGAGACAUAACACUGAAAGAUGUGAGGAAAACCUGCAACCCAGGCAUCUUCGUGAGGCUAUACAUUUCUUUUCAAAAAUCCAAAUUGUCCCAAGAUGACUCGUACACAGUGGAAGGACUCCAUUUAUUUCUUGGGGCAAAUUAUUGAGAACACUUUGGUGAAAAUGUAACUACUUUUGAGGUCACCUAAUAAUCAAAUGUCACUGCCUUUUUAAUCUUUUGAAAAUGAUGCCAUUCCAUAUCUUGAAUUUAGUCAAAAAAAAUAAAAGAAGGAGCAAAGAGAAGAUGUGAUCAGAACGCUGAUGCAUAUGAUUAAACUGUUUUGAGGUAUUUACGACUUUUACCAUGAAACCAUUCAAGCUCUCUCAUCACUAUUAUUGUAUUUACACUUAUUUUUAAAAAGUGUGUAUGACUAACCAAAAGAAGAGAAAAACACACCGGACAGUUUCUCCAUUAUCUUUGUUUCUUUAAUCGUGAAAUAUUUGCUGCACAGAAAAUGUAAAGUUUUUUUAACUCGUAGAUGAGAUAUUUUAUGAGCUCUUUCAGCCUGUUGUCUGUUGUUUUAAAGGUGUGACGUGUGUAUUUGUUUUUUUUUGUAUGUGAGCUCGGUUCAAAUGGAUUUGCCAUUUUUUACAAACGUUUGUGCUCACUUCUCCGCAGAGAUUUAUAGAAGAGUAUUUUUUUGUUUCUGUGAACAUUUGAAGAGACAUUUCAGGGUUUUUCAAGAUGAUGUACCAGUGAAGGUUAAAAGCAGGUAACAUCUCAACCGCAUGCAUGAGUCGGUCUCUGAGGCUGAAGCUAUCGGUUGGUCCAGGAGGGACCAAGACCAGAGUCGGCUUCUUCUGUCCUGAAGCCACUCCAGCCUCAAAAUAGAGGUGCAGUUAACACAAAAAACUAUUUUAUGAUCCUUUAAACCAUCGUCACAUGAGCAUUGGGAGGUUAUUUGCAAAGAAGCCAAAAAUAGUUUAAAAGCAGGAAGCGGAGGUAGGAAGAUUUGAUCCUUGUUCAUAAAACAUCGUAAAAAAGCAAACGUGUUAAAUAUUUCAGGUGAAAAAGUAUAUCCUUAUAAAAAAAAACUUGAACUGCUGUGAUAUUGUUUGCUUUUUACAUCACCUUAUGAUAGUUACUCUAACUGGGAAUACUUCAUAUUUUCCAUUGUCAGUGUGUUUCACACAGGAACAUCAUUAGUUGUGCACAACCUCCUACCCCCAUUUUCCGUAUGAAUUAAUCAGUGCCAUCCGUGCAAAUAAAUAGCAAUUAACUCUGAAACAGGACGAUGGUUUGAAGAUUCAUAAAACUUGAAAUUUUUUAAAUAAUUGGAGUCAUUUUAAAUCAAUAAAAAAAACACUUUUGUCUUGGAUUAGCCAAUAGUUUGAGCUUCUCUUUGGCUUUAUGAAAUGAAUAUACUAAGAGUUAUCUACUAAAUUUAACCUUUUAACAGUACAUCUCUUCAAAAAAUCUGGAACUAUCCUUUAAAGAAACGCUAAACGGUUUCGGACAUUAACUGGACAUUAACAGCAUUUAUUUAGUCUGUAAAGCACCUCCUCUUUUCAGACAGUGAAAACAAAUGUCUCAGGGUGGGAUCCAGCAGGCAAACAACGUCUUUUUCCAUUUAUGAUGAGAAACAAGCAAAAACAUCUCUUUUGAAUUCAUGACACUGGUCUUAAGUUUAAGUGAACUUAUUUUCUUUUCUUUUGUGCUAUCCUUAAGGGUUUUUCAUUUUAAGAGAAUCAGUAUAGAAAAAAUGUGCCUAACAGUUAUUGCUUUGCUUUGUUUGUUAUUUUUCAAUUUGGCUUUUUUUUAUUGCUGGAAAAAGGAAAAGAGCUACUUUUUUAGCAAUCUACAAACAUAGCUUUUGAUGCAUGACCUGAUGAAUGGGUGGAAAAUGAAAGAUUAUUGGUUUUGGUCUCUGUUUCUGAGUGCUUGGAUUGUAUCCAUGUACAUAAACACAAAUAAGUGUCAACCUAAUAAAAAAUCAACAAUGAUUCUUUUUUUUCCUUGUGUAAAUAUAAUCGAGGUUUGAAAGAGGGGAACAUGUGCCUUUAUUCUUAAAAAAGAAGACUGUUUUUUUUUUCUUUUGAUGGUUUAAACAAUGUUUUCUAUAUUAUUUCUAUGGUGUAUAGCAGCUACUUUUUAUUACCUGCCUUUUUUUUGUAAGUGUAGAAACAAAAUAAAUGCUGAAAUAUG